AUGAGUGGGCUCAUUUCUUCUUUACUGAUCGAAACCAUCGUUCGGCAAGCCCGUCGUCUCUCAAAUCAGACAGAUUCUCAUCCGCCUUACGAUGACGACCUAGCCGAUUCACUACCGAUUACACAAAGCAGCAGCUCUUCAGCAACCUACAACGGCGAUGACCGCGCUGAGGUAUCAGGUAGGAAGGGUGAUCACGAGGCUUCGACAACAGAAUUGAAUGGGGAUUGCUCGGAUGCUGGAGGUACUCCUUUCGUACUUUCCCCACCGGCGUCGUCUGAACUGAGCAGUCGGCGCCCUGAUAUAUCACCAAGCCAGUCCCGUUUUGGAACCACUAUUGUAUCAUCGCAGAUCCUUCGUGGCCUGAGUGAUUUUGAAUAUGUUGGUGGCGUUCGAACGUACGCUGCGCCUGAAGUGACGGGAGCUGAAUCUCCACCUGUCUCCCCGCGAAAUAUGGUCUUCGAGGCAAAUCCAAGUUCGCAAGAGUCACAUCAUUUGUCUGCCCGUAAUGGCAAUUUUGAUGACAUUGGUGACCAGUUUUUGCUCCCGGAGGAUGACGGAAUGGGAGUCUUGAGAAAGAAGAUCCACGCUAUUCGGGAUCUCCAAUCCAGCAAUGAGGAAAAAGCACGUAUGAUCCACGAAUUGAUGACUGAGAGAUAUAAUGCUUCUCAGGGAAAGAAGAUCUUAAUAUCAACCUCACCAAGGGCACUGCCGCCAUCUAGCCCCCAACUGUCCGAGCGAUCUGUGACUCCAAUUUCUCACUGCGGCAGCCUGUCCUCCGACCAUGCGCCCACCAAUCCAACUUCAACAGCCUCGGCCAGCCACCAAAUCGAGGACACAUACAAAUUAACCGCCGAAGACCUGAGGCCUACGUUCUUUCCUAAGCCCGAAUCGAACUCGCCCGUGUGCGAUUUUGAGGAUGCGGAUGUCGAGGACGUCGAGGAGGCCUGCUUGGGUUGCCGACAUUAUAAAAGGAACGUCAAACUACAAUGCUUUGCGUGCAAAAAAUGGUAUACUUGUCGUUUCUGCCACGAUGAGGUAGAAGAUCAUCACCUCGAUCGACCGAAGACAGAGAACAUGCUGUGCAUGCUCUGUGGACAUGCUCAGCCUGCCGCAGCAGUCUGUCGGCAAUGCGGUGAACAUGCUGCACAAUACUAUUGCAAUAUCUGCAAACUCUGGGAUAAUGAUUCUAACAAAAGUAUUUACCACUGCAAUGAUUGUGGUAUCUGCCGUAUCGGUCAGGGUCUCGGAAAGGAUUUCUUUCACUGCAGGACGUGUAGUGUAUGUUUGCCUAUCUCGAUAGAAAACACCCAUCGAUGUAUCGAGCGCUCCACUCAAUGUGACUGUCCAAUUUGUGGAGAUUAUAUGUUUACGUCUCCUGAAACUGUUGUCUUCAUGCGCUGCGGGCAUAGUAUUCACCAAAAAUGCCUUUCUGAGUACUCCAAGAGUUCUUACCGAUGCCCCAUAUGCAGCAAAACCAUUGCCAAUAUGGAAUCGACUUUCCGAAACCUGGAUCGCACAAUUCAGAGUCAGCCUAUGCCCUCAGAGUUCAAGGAUACUAGCGCACUGAUUCACUGCAAUGAUUGUGGUGCGAAAUCAGUUGUCCGAUAUCACUGGUUAGGUUUGAAAUGUGACAUGUGCGAAUCAUACAAUACUGCCCAGAUCCGCUUGCUGCAUGGCGAAGUCUCGGAUUCCCUUGAUCGGGUCGGCGGAGAUAACAGGGAUGUGUCUGCUUCUCCGAUGCGGUCCUCCUCGCACGGUGCGGAAGAAGAAGCUACCAUUCCAUUGCCUCUCGCCCAGUUACGGGUUGAUACGAGCUCUCCCUCUGGAGCAGGUUCGAGUCCACGACUUACCGCAUCGUCAUCUGGAGAGCAGAAUGGACGCUUCUCCUCGUAUAGCCUGACUCGAGGUCGUGCCGUCUCACCAGUCAUCAGUAAUUAUUUCGGACUGCCUCCGGGCCGUGAGUCCAGCAGAUCGAAGUCAAGUCUACCCUUUUUCGGGGAUCUUGCUGGAAAAGAUAGUAAUGACCAUGCUGGUGGUAAGCUUCGUUUGUGGGGAACAAAUAUUAAAUACAAAUACGGCUUCCUCGACCGAGAAACAGAAUCAGCCGACGGGGCCUCGCAGGUCGAGGAGGAAGGUGAUGACGGUAAUGACGGUGACGACUCAACAGAUGGCGAAUCAAUGGCAAGCGACGAAGUCGAUUGUGGAGACCAAGAAGAAGAAGAUGAUGAAGACGAAGGCAUUGACAUUUUUGGACACCGAUGA